CGUCUUAAAAACUGGGAAAUCAGAGAACGGAAGAAAAGCCGAGAGUAUGAAAAAGAGGCUGAAAGGGAAGAAGAAAGAAGAAGGGAAAUGGCAAAAGAAGCAAAACGGUUAAAAGAGUUCUUAGAAGAUUAUGAUGAUGACAGAGAUGAUCCAAAAUACUACAGGGGCAGUGCUCUUCAGAAAAGGCUACGAGACAGGGAGAAAGAAAUGGAAGCAGACGAACGGGAUAGGAAAAGGGAAAAGGAAGAACUGGAAGAAAUUAGGCAGCGCCUUCUGGCAGAAGGACACCCAGAUCCAGACGCAGAGCUCCAGAGGAUGGAGCAGGAAGCUGAGCGGCGUAGGCAGCCACAAAUAAAACAAGAGCCAGAAUCUGAGGAGGAAGAGGAAGAAAAGGCAGAAAAAGAAGAAAAAAGAGAAGAGCCAGAGGAAGAGGAGGAGGAGCCUGAACAAAAGCCCUGCCUUAAACCAACUUUACGACCCAUCAGUUCUGCCCCAUCUGUUUCUUCUGCUAGUGGAAAUGCAACUCCUAACACACCUGGUGAUGAAUCUCCCUGUGGCAUUAUUAUCCCUCAUGAAAAUUCACCUGAUCAACAGCAGCCGGAGGAGCAUCGGCCCAAAAUAGGGCUUAGCCUCAAAUUGGGUGCCUGCAAUAGUCCUAAUCAGCCCAAUGCUGUAAAAAGGAAGAAGCUUGCUGUGGAUAGUGUUUUCAAUAAAUUUGAUGACGAAGACAGUGAUGAUGUGCCCCGGAAAAGGAAACUUGUCCCCCUGGAUUAUGGAGACGAAGAUAAAAGCAAUAUCAAAGGCAGUGUCAAUACAGAAGAAAAACGCAAACAUAUUAAGAGUCUUAUUGAGAAGAUUCCCACAGCAAAACCAGAGCUCUUUGCUUAUCCUCUUGACUGGUCAAUUGUGGAUUCAACACUAAUGGAACGUCGAAUUAGACCAUGGAUCAACAAGAAAAUAAUAGAAUAUAUUGGUGAAGAAGAAGCCACGCUAGUUGACUUUGUUUGUUCUAAGGUUAUGGCUCACAGCUCGCCACAGAGCAUACUGGACGAUGUUGCCAUGGUACUAGAUGAAGAAGCUGAAGUUUUCAUAGUCAAAAUGUGGAGGUUGUUGAUAUACGAGACAGAAGCAAAGAAGAUUGGUCUAGUGAAAUAAAGCACUCUCCUUGCUUCUAGGGUUCCAUUUCAAUUCUGGGCUUUUUUUCCCCCCCCCAUCAUUCAAAGACUUUGAAUUUCCUCUGUUCUCAGAGACUUGAGACCUGUAUUUUUUUAUGUAGAAAAUGUGAAUUUUUUUGUCCUCUGCUCUGAGGCCCCCUUUACGCUUCUCAGUUAUCUGGAUCCUGCAUUGGUUCUCUUUAUAAUUCACAAGGUACAAUUACCGGUAUGUUUUAUAAGCUGCAGCUACUGUACACACUCUCUGGUAAUUUUAUGAUGUUACUCUGAUUCUUGUAAAUAUUAAAAAAAAAAAAAGCCCCUGUUUUGCAAAACAUUUGCACUUAAUGUGGAACUAUUUCAGUUACAGCUGAAGACAAAUUAUUUUACUGCAAAUUGAUCAGUGCUCUUUUUUUUUUUCCCAUACUCUCCCUCUUUUUAUUUAAGCAAUGAUCAGAAUAUAAUUUGAAAGUAAGUGGCUUGAACUGCUUUCAUAGAACAGCUUUCUGUGUUCAUUUAGUCCCCUCAUCUGACUCUGGAAAAGGAGUUCCCUCAGACUUUUCAUUCUGAUACGAACCAGCAGUAGUCUUG